CUAUAUAGAGAAAGUGCGGCGAUCAGAGAGGCGCUGUCUCAGUGUUAGAGCAUCGCAACAGCAUCAGCGUGGGAAAAAUGGCCAGCUCUUACCUUCAGGGAGUAGAGAUUUCUGCCUCUCAGUUCCUGGAUAUCUUUCAUCAUUAUGAUAAUGACGGUAAUGGGUAUAUAGAGGGAAAGGAGUUACAGAACUUUAUCAAGGAACUUCAGCAAGCUCGGAAACAAGCAGGCCUGGAGCUAACAGAACAAAUGAGGGCUUUUGUGGAGGAAUAUGAGAAAAAUGCUGAUGGAAAAAUAGAUAUCAUUGAGCUGGUACAAAUUCUACCCACAGAGGAAAAUUUCUUGCUAUUUUUCCGUCAACAACUGAGGUCCUGUACAGAAUUUAUGGAGGCCUGGAGGAAUUAUGAUGCCGAUCACAGUGGCUACAUUGAAGCUGAUGAGCUUAAGAAUUUUUUGAGAGACCUGCUUCAUAGAGCGAAGAAACCUUUUGAUGAGAAGAAGUUAGAGGAAUACACGUCAACCACGCUAAAAAUUUUCGAUUUGAAUAAUGAUGGGAAACUGUGUCUGGCAGAAAUGGCUAGGCUACUGCCAGACCAAGAGAACUUUCUACUGAAAUUUCAGGGAGUAAAAAUGGCCAGAAAAGACUUCAACAAGAUUUUUGAGUUAUACGAUAAGGACAGGAAUGGCUAUAUGGAUGAGAAUGAGCUGGAUGCCCUGCUCAAAGACCUAUGUGAGAAAAACAAAAAGGUCCUAGAAGUCAGCAAAAUCCCUAUAUAUAAGAAGGCCAUCAUGGCUCUAUCUGAUGGAGGGAAACUCUACAGAACGGAGUUGGCACUGGUCUUGUGUGCUGAAGACAUGUGAGAUUCGUCAAUCAGUUAACAUCUCUCAGACUCCUACAUCCUCUCCAUCCACAUCCCACCGCCAGAAAAGCUCACUCAUCAUGUGAACAUAGCUAAACACUGGAUGUAUUUCUGUUCAUUUGAGGAAUGUGUAAUGUACAGGCUGAGUGUAUGUAGGUACACAGAUUUGAGACCGAUGCCACAUACUUUUCAUCCAAUCUAUUGUUUCUAUACCGUUUCUAAAUGUACAGAUUUUUGUAAAGACAAGAUUAAUACAAUACUUAAAAGGACCAGAAUCUUGGUCACUACAUUCAUGAAAUAUGUUGUCACACCCAGAAGAUAUGAGACAUUUCCUGAAAAUACUGAUGCUCCAUGUGUAUUAACUAUAUUCAGAACAUAAUUCAACACAGAAUCAUUUCAUAAUAACAAAUUGAUCGACCUUAUAAUACAGCCAAAGCAAUAAAGUGGUAGAGGAAUGUGGAUGGAAUGAAGCUAUAAAAUAGGGAAGUACUUAUGUGUAAAAUGCAGCAGGCUAAAUUUCUGUUCGCAGUGCAUGUUUGCGACUGAAGGCAUAUCUUGCUGUGCGGCAUUAGCAAUUCCAGCAAGAUUCUAUAAGCACAUACUACAUCUAUAUGAACUGCAUUGCCCCAGCCCACACUCCAGUCUCAUAUUUCCGUACUUGCACUGUAAUGAAUGACGUGCUGUCCCCCAGUGACACUGUGUAUGAGGAUAUUGUACUUAAUACAGCACUAUCUUAACUACUAGUGGUGUGUCGUGGUUUGUUCCAUGCACAUAACAUACAUACUUUAUUUUAGUAUUAGGCAAACCAGCAUGUGCAAAAUUAAAAUACCUGUUUUUAAGAACUUAUUAUUUUUAAAUUCUAAACAUGACACAUGAUAUUAUUACAGUAUAGUGAGAUGUAGUUCUCAAAUUUUCCAUAGCCAGGGACUCCUUUCACUUUAAAAUACAGUAGGUUUCUUGAACUGGCUCAGCAAAGGUUUAUCUAAAUGUUACACUAUUACAUUUUACAAUAAUACAUGGUCAAAUAUUUGGAGACAUAGUGUGGUUUUUUUAAAUUAUUUUUCAUUUGAUCAUUCCACCAAAAGACCACAUUAAGUCCAAGUUGACAUUAUUACAGGCCUACUUGGUUUUGAGUUCUAAUUUUUAGUUUAGACUUUUUAAAAGCAGAGGCCAAAAAGACUAACAACUAUAUGAAUUUUGAUUAUACUGAGCUGAUUUCCACCAUUAUAACAAACUUAGUCCUACUUCACAGACCCCACCUUGGCUCUAGAAGAAUUCAGACAAAUAGUAAGAUCCACAGUGGGAAUCUAAAGGGAAAAUAAACACCCCAUAAUCUUAUCUUAUAAUUGAUCUGUUUCCUCUUAAAAUUGUAAAAAGUUCAGCCAUAUCUUAUCUUAAAGACUUUUGGUGUUUCUUGUGUAAGAAGGAACACAUCUAGGACAGUGCACAGAUACUGAAGGUUCAUUCACCCUUGGGGUAUUAACACGAGGUGAUUUUGAGCGUUCAUUCUAAAUGUUUUCUGAAAAACAGGUGAAAUACAUAGAAUUUCACUGAACCAUUUGCCAACAUUAAUAACAAGACAUAUCUCUCUCUCUCUUCUGCAGCUAUGCAUUUAUUGAACUUUUCCAGUCAAGAGACUAAUGACCUCAGAAAAGCAGGUGUUUGGUUGAGUUUAAUGGUCCUCCACAAGCCCUGUUUCUUGUGUUCUAAGCCAUUAGACAUUGUCCAUUCGCGAUUAAAGUGAAGCUGCAAGAAAGAUGGAGGGAUAAAAACAUAUUACCAUGAUUUAAAAAGAUUCCUUAUGCUAGUUUGAAGUUAUUUCUUAACAAGAAACAGAUAAGGAAUUCAAAUGAAAGGUGAGUACCUGAUAGCAUCUCUCUGUAUUUAUAAAAUAAA